CUUCAAAGAAAAUUAAUAUUAUAGUUGAUAGUGAUAGCAGUGAUGAAGGGAAAGAUAGUUCUGACGAGGAUAAUUCUGUAAAUAAAGAUCUUUUUGCGGAUAAUGUUCCAGUGAUUCCACUAGACCCUAAAGAUGAAAAAAAUUUAAGAAAACGACUUGAUGCUUUAAAAAAUAAGGGAGAAGAAAUGAAACGAGGUGUUGUCUAUCUUGGAAGAAUUCCGCACGGAUUUUAUGAAGAGGAGAUGCGUGCGUAUUUCAGUCAAUUUGGUACUGUCACUCGGUUGAGAUUAUCUCGAAAUAAAAAGACUGGUAAAUCCAAACAUUAUGCAUUUAUUGAAUUCGCAUCUGAAGAAGUAGCGAAAAUAGUUGCGGAGACAAUGAAUAAUUAUAUUUUGUAUGAAAGCAUAUUGCAAUGUAAAAUUGUACCAGAAGAACAGAUCCACGAAAAACUUUGGGUAGGCGCCAACAAGAAAUUUGUCCCAAUGAACUAUAUAAAAAUUGAAGCGCAAAAGCACAAUCGAAAAAGAACCUCCUCUGAAAAAGAGCGUCAAAAUCAACGAUUACUUUUAAAAGAUUCAGAGAGGAGGAAAAAGUUGCAAAAAUUGGGGAUCGAAUAUGACUUUCCUGGAUAUCAAUUGAAACAAAAACCAAAAUCUGAACACGGAAAACACGUUAUUUAUGAAAAAGGUUCUGACUCGGAUUCUAACAAUGAAAAAUAG